UCGAACGUCCAACGUCAAACUAACUUUUUGCCAGUAUCCCUUGCUGCCUGUCCAGGCAUUCGGCUAUGGAGCAGCUGUGAAGCGGCUGUGAAGAAGGGAGCAAGAAGUGUAUGACCUAUCUAACAAGGCUCUGUAUUUACGCACAAUUUCUCGUUUAGAUUGGACCAAGGUAAUCGAAGAAGGCAGCCAUGUCUGACUACACUGACUCUAUGAAUGACGUGUCCAGUGACAGUUUUUGGGAGGUUGGGAAUUACAAAAGAGCUGUAAAGCGGUUGGAUGAUGGGAAUCGUCUAUGUAAUGACUUGAUGAACUGUAUCCAUGAGCGAGCUCGCAUUGAAAAGGCAUACGCACAGCAGUUGACUGAAUGGGCCAAGCGCUGGAGACAACUGAUAGACAAAGGGCCUCAGUACGGGACGGUGGAGCGAGCCUGGUGUGCCCUGAUGACUGAAGCGGAGAAGGUCAGCGAUCUCCACAUGGAGAUGAAGGGUGUUCUCAUGGGUGAGGACUUUGAAAAAGUGAAAAACUGGCAGAAAGACGCCUACCACAAGCAGAUGAUCGGCGGGUUCAAGGAAACCAAAGAGGCCGAGGAUGGCUUUCGCAAAGCUCAAAAACCUUGGGCCAAGAAACUUAAAGAGGUGGACACGAUGAAAAAGGCCUACCACACAGCCUGCAAGGAAGAGAAGUUGGCCACCAGCAGGGAGAAUAACAGCAAGAUGGAGAACAACAAUCCAGAGGCCCAGAAAAAGCUCCAAGACAAAGUAGAGAAGUGCCAGCAGGAUGUUCAGAAGACUAAGGAGCGCUAUGAGAAGGCCCUGGAGGAGCUGGAUAAGGUAACACCUCAGUACAUGGAGAACAUGGAGCAGGUGUUUGAACAGUGGCAGCAGUUUGAGGACAAGAGACUGUGUUUCUUCAAAGAGGUCCUACUGGAUGUCAAACAGCACCUUGACCUUUCUACCAAUCACAAGUUCCAGGAUGUGUAUCAGUCAUUGGAGGACACAAUCCAGGCAGCUGACACAGAGGAAGAUCUGAAAUGGUUCCGUUCCAACCAUGGCCCAGGCAUGCCUAUGAACUGGCCCCAGUUUGAGGACUGGUCUGUAGACUUUAAUCGGUCACUGAGUCGAAGAGAAAAAAAGAAGCCAAGCGAUGAAGUAACACUUACAGGCAUCAGUCAAACAGGAGAACGAGCAACCAAGACCAGUAACAGCUUGACUGUGCCCAGUAGCACAGACCCAGUAUGCUUAAACCCAUUUGACGAUGAGGAGGACGAAGAGGAGACGCCAGCAGAGCCGCCCAACAGCAGCCCAGCCAGUGUGAAAAAAGAGGAAGUUGUUGCCAAAAUUACCAGCAAUGUGGCGAAGACGCGGGAUUUGUCAGAGGAGGAGACUGGGAACCCUUUUGCAGCAGACACCAACGGAAACGGAAAUCCAUUUGAGGACGAGCCUGGUUCUCCCAAGUUUUCGGUUCCUGUACGAGCUCUGUAUGACUACGAGGGCCAGGAGCAGGACGAGUUGAGCUUCAAAGCAGGUGAUGAAUUUAUUAAAAUCGGAGAAGAGGAUGAGCAGGGGUGGUGUAAAGGACGCCUGAAAGAUGGCCGUGUUGGACUCUACCCAGCUAAUUAUGUGGAGGACAUUCAGUGACCAGAGAGGAAAUGAGAAGAGUGGAGAGGAAAAGGCGGACCGAGAGAAGAAAAGAGGGGUGGCGAUUUUCUGAUGCUGGAAAGUUGCUCAUUAUUUCCCCCUUGUGGUGGAGGCUGGACCAACCGCUGCAAUAAUCCAAAAACGUCUUUCCACCCUAAUUUUCUUAUAGAUGCUGCCCUUUUUUGAAGAUCUAGGAAGAGAUGCCAUGAUCUCGUCACAAAUGGUUUUUUAAUAAAGGCUGUAAACAACAGGUCUGCACAAAAGGGCAACAAGACAUGCUGAGUUUUAAUUACUUACGCAGAACACACAUCAUUCAACAUUUUGAUCAAUUUUUAAAGUGCUGAAAACAAUGUCAAUCAUUAGAUUCAACAGUUCUGGUCUAGAUUCUUGUUCUAAUCACAACAUAGAGCAUCUUGAAGUACAACGUUUCACAGGUUACUGCUUUCUCCAUUGCUCUUAUACUGCUCAAGGUCAGGGAAACGUGCUUUGUUAAUAAAUGUUACGUAGUUUUAUCUGAUCAAUGAUAUGCUUCCAUACAUGUUGCAUAAACUAUAUUUUGGUAAUGACUUCAUUGCCAAGACAUAGACUACAUAGCGAUGAUAUUUCCAUAUUCUGAACAUUGGACAUAUCGUUGGAAUAUCUCAUUAUUUUCAACACUGUAUCCUGCAGUGAUGCUUCAGAAGAAGUCUAAAGGUUUUAUUUUCCAACUAGAUUUUAUUACUUUUACAAAGCUUGUAUAUGGAUGAAUGCGUGGAUGGAUGGAAUUUUUUUUUCUUUCUUUUUUUUUUUCCUUUUCUUUUUUUGAAUAGUGAGUCUUGACCCUAAACCAAACUAGACCCAAGCCAGGUAAAAUGCUGGAGUAAUUUUUCAGGAAGAGCUGAAGUGUGGUCGUUGUCCCAGGUGACUUGUGCGCUAUUCACCUUCAUUGCUGGUCAAGUCAGGAACUUUUCACUUCUUUCAUGAGAAGAGUUUUUGUUGCAUUUCUUGUUUGAACAAUAUCUUUUGUUUUAAAUAGUUUAGUAGCACAUAGUUUAUUUGUUCUUGGGGAAGGUCUCUCACUUGAAGUUGUCAGCUUUAUUUUAACCUGCACUGGACAGUUCACAGCAGAUACACAGAAGAAAACUUUAAUGCUUUUGUUCAAACUUGUUACAAACACAUGAUGUCCACUCACAUGAAAUGUUUCUCAUCAGGAUAGAGUAGUGUAAGGAAAAGAUGCAGAAGCAUGAUAUUUGUGCAUUUACAUUACAAUGAACAAAUUGAGUGUUUUUAAAUUUGAACUUGGGAUGGACAAUAUAAAGUUUAAAAUUUAGACUAAUUUAUAAAAUGCCAUAAGUGCUUCAACUUUUGCUCCUGGAUAAAUGCUGUGAUUCAGAAUCAGAAUGUAUAUUAAUUAAUGCAAUUUGAAUGUUAUGAAUUUAUUUUGUUACAUGUAUUAUAUGAACUGUUUCAUUUUUGCAGUCAGUCAUAUUGAGUUAUAUAGAUGCACCUUUUAUCAGUUUAUUUAGUUCUUUACUUUUGAGUUUGUUCUGAAAGUUUGUAAUUGGUAUUCUCAUCACCACCUGCCCACUAAUGGCGGUGUCCUAUUAACAUCAUCUCAUAAGAGCAAGAGCAAAUGGAUUUUGAACAUAUGAGGUUUGCUGCAGUUAUGGAAGGGCAUAAGAUCUUUAACUUAUGAGUUUUGGUGUGUAAACAGCAACUGUGCUUACACAGUGGACUCUGUUAAACCUGUCACCUUGGCAGUUGGCAAAUAAAUCAGUUUAAAUGAAAA